CAUCAAAUUUGACUUCCUUUUAUGGACGAUCAAUAAAUCCACUAUCAAUUCAUCACCCACAACCAGGCUAAGUUCUCCGCUGAUCUCAUUGUUGAUUCAAGCCACUGACACAAGCUCCCGUCUAUAAUGCUGUGGAAAUUAAUUUGUUCAGACCCUCUUCCAUUGCUCGAUAUCUUAAAAGGCUGCUCAGUUGCCAGCUCAACUCACAAACUUCAAGUCCCAUUCACGAAUAACUUAUCAUCAUCAUCAUGGUUUACCACUGCCAUAGCAUAAGUUCUGUUGACUCUACUACUCAAAGCCAAGAAGCCAAAUCUGUGCCCAAGUCAAAAAAGGUCACGAGCUCACGCAAAAAUGACGCCAAACCGACGCGUACCAAUCCUGCUCGAGGUCAGAAAAAGAACCAACGUGUUUCCAAUGCCAUCAAGAGGCAUGUAAAACAACGACGACGUGAUCCUGUGCAUGUGUUUGUUGGCAAUCUUGCUAAAACAGUCGACGAAGACACUAUUGAAGAGUACUUCAGUCACUGUGGCGAAAUUCUCUCUGUUGAGAUUCGUUGCAGCGGUGGUCUGGCAAUGACGACUGGUCGCCCGGAUCCAGCCUAUAUCGCUCAACAUUCUGUUAGGCAGUAUGCCGUGAUCAAAUUUAUCGAUGACUCGGCUGCCAUAAAAGCUUUGAAUCUCAAUGGGUCUCGUCUUCGAAUAGGUGAUGAAUCCACGGAACUUGUGGUCACUCGUAGCCCCGCUGAUCUUCCAGAAGUGAUAGAAAAGGUGCAGCAGCGUCUUGAAGAAUACAGAGCUCGCAACGGCUUUACUGAUGCGAGGCGUACUCGACAAAGCGCAAUGAGGGCUCUGAAUCUCCAACCGACCAUUUUAUUAGAAACUCGCGGAGAUAAACACCCGCGCGGGAAGAUCUUUGGUUUUUCUUUCCCUUUGCCCCUCUUUUGACUCUUUGUUUCAAUAUUGUCACCAUUCUUUGUUUCUUUCACGUUGUCUGUGACUCUAUGUACCUAUGCCGUAUGCCCAACAUACACGUGUACUAUGGUUAGCGAACUGUAAGGCUUCUGGAAGCAUUGUUACAUCGCAUAGUACUGGUGAAUGAACGAGCUUAAGCUUCAUUUACCACGCCU